AUGGCUCAAUUAGAUCAAUUGCAGGAAGUCAAAUUUGGAAAGGAUCCUAACAACAAGAAAAGACCACGAGAGUUUAAAGAAUUGAAUUUGACAAAGAAAAGCAUAAUGUGGGAGCUACCGUAUUGGAAGAAACUAAACCUCCGACACAAUCUUGAUGUCAUGCACAUUGAGAAGAAUAUUUGUGAAAACUUUUACGGGAUGAUGUUGGCCAUAGAUGGGAAAAACAAGGACACGUACAAAGCACGUGAAGAUUUGCAAGAAAUGGGCAUAAGUUAUCCAAAUUGCUAUGCAGCAAACAUCUUAAGAUGUGUCACUUCUAAAAAUGGAAGAUUAUCAGGCAUGAAAAGCCAUGAUUGUCAUGUCCUGCUUCUGCGACUUCUACCAAUUAGCAUGCAUGGUUUUAUGAACAAGGAGAUCUAUACAACACUAUUUGAGUUGGGCAAAUUCUUCCAAGAAUUGUGCUCAAAAACAUUAAGGCAGACUGAUUUGGAAAAAAUGGAGGAACGAAUUGCGCUCGUACUUUGCAAGUUCGAGAAAAAUUUUCCUCUAGCUUUCUUUGAUGUGAUAGUCCAUUUGGCUGUUCACUUGCCACGUGAGGCCAUGUUUGCUGGACCGGUGCAAUAUCGACGGAUGUACCCCGAUCGAAACGACUUUGAAUGGUAUGUCAGUAAUAGAGCAUGUCCAGAAGGUUCUAUCGUUGAGGCUGACAUUGUCAAAGAGUGUCUUACUUUUUGUUCAAUGUACUUAAAAGGGAUUGAUAAACCUGAACGAAAUGACGAUGGUGGUGAACGUGGUUCCGGGAUGGAGGUCUUCACCCAAAAUGCUCGUAUAUUCUCACCUAUCACAAGGGCUCUUGACCUUUCGCAGAAUGAACGAGAAAUGGCUCACUGGUUUGUGUUGUACAAUAGCUCUGAGGUGAAGCCAUAUAUUGAGCAUAUGAAUGAUUUGCGAAGGAAAGGGUCACCUGAAGUAACUAACAAAUUGUGGUCAUUAGCAAAUGGUCCUGGAUCGAUAAUUGACUUUUAUUCUGGGUGCAUCUACAAUGGAAUUAGAUUCCAUACUAGAAAUUGUGAAAAUCAUCGUACCUGCCAAAAUAGUGGGUUGGUCGUAGAAGGGGACCAUAAUGGGAACCAAAUUAAUUUUUACGGCUACUUGUCUAAAAUGUGGGAAUUGAAAUACUUGCAUGGGGGUACAGUGGUUUUGUUCCAAUGCGAAUGGUAUGACACCAGUCACAAGAAUAGAAUAUACUCCGGUGGACAUGUGACAAGUAUUGAUGUUGCAAGACUUUGGUAUAAAGAUGACCAAUUUGUUCUACCUAGUAUGGUAAGACAAGUAUUCUACGUCAAUGACACCAACAAAGGCAAAAAUUGGAGAGUCGUUGAAUGGGUUAAGCAUUGGGGAGUAUGGGAUAUACCAAAGUGGGAUGAUGUCUCUAAUGAUGUUUUUUAA